GCACUAGCGCAUCUAGUUCAGCUAAAAUGAACGAACUUGAGGACGGUCGUAGAUGGCUACAAAGAGUGCAACAUGGCGACGUAUAGUGCAAGUUGUUUUUAACUUUAUUCUUUAUAAAUAAAUAGUGUCUGCGUAAGUUCGAAAAAAAAACUCGUAUCUUGUUAUUCUUUGCGAGCGAUUGUGGGAGCAUCACAACGACGUGAAAGAAGUGAUUUAAACAUGAAUUACAAUCAUUCGAACGCUCGUCGAGGGAAACCGAAGAGAUUACUGGAUCCAUCGGCUGCUUUACAACCACCACCACCACCUUUAUCAGCACCAGCUCCUCCAAUGUCGCAGAAUCUUUAUGUGUACAACAAACAGAUACCAGUGAACAAUGGCGCAAUGCCAGAGUAUGGCUUCAAUGUUCCUAGACAGACACCGCCUCCAUAUGGAUUUCAUUCACAGAUGCCAAAUUACCCACAAAAUGAUAAUCAAGGAGGAGAAUUUGCAAGUUCUCAAUUUGCGACACAAUUAUUGGCUCAACCAGUUGUUACAAACAUGGCGGUAGAAUAUGGAAAUGCAUUAGUUGGUUCUGGGAAGCAACAUCUUGAAAAAUAUGUUCCAAUUACAGCAUUGAAAUAUUACUUUGCUGUAAAUACAGAUUAUGUUUUUGCAAAAUUGAUGCUGUUGUUUUUCCCAUUUACGCAUAAGGAUUGGUCUGUCAAGUAUGAGCAAGAUGUACCGUUGCAACCACGAUAUGAAAAGAAUGCACCAGACAUGUAUAUUCCCACAAUGGCAUUUUUUACAUAUGUUGCUACAGCAGGAUUAGUCUUAGGCACACAAGGACGCUUUACUCACGAACAACUAGGUAUUCUGGCUAGUUCUGCUCUUGCUUGGGGUCUGAUUGAACUGAUUGUUCAUACUGUGAGUUUGUAUGUGAUGAAUCUUCAAACAAGCCUGACAACAUUAGAUUUGUUGGCAUAUUGUGGCUACAAAUAUGUCGGUAUCAAUGCGGCUUUGUUUUCAUCACUAUUAUCUCGGAAAUUUGGUUACUAUGUGACUCUCUUGUACUUCAGUGUCUCUCUAGCUUUCUUCCUGAUGCGAUCAUUAAAAUUAAGAGUCAUUCCCCAAGGCCAUAGCUCGUAUACAGCUUCUGGCAAUAAAAGGCGACUUUAUUUCAUACUGUUCUUAGCUGGCAUACAACCUUUUCUAAUGUGGUGGUUGUCAUAUCAUUUGAUUUAAACAGCCAGUGCAAGUGAAAUCUAUGGAACAUACAGUCAAGAGAAGGAAACGUGUUUAUUUAUUAUUUGGUUACUAAUAUCACUCCUGUACAUUUUUUGUAAUAAAAUUCAAGCGAAUAUAUAAUAUCAUAUUUGGGCAAUACAA